GAGCUGCCUUUCAGUGCCACCUAUCAGUGCCAGUCAGUGCUGCCAUUAGUGCGCCUAUCAGUGCCACCUAACAGUGCCAGUCAGUGCUGCCUAUCAGUGCUGCCUAUCAGUGCCAUAUAUGAGUGCUGCCUUUUAGUGCCAAUCAGUGAUGCCUGUCAAUGCCCAUCAGUGUCACCAACCAGUGCCUCCUCAUCUGUGCCCAUCAGUGCCACAUAUCAGUGCCCAAAAGUGAAGCCUAUCAGUUCCCAUCACUGCAGCCUCAUUAGCGCACAUCAGUGAAGGGGAAAAAUCACUUAUUUACAAAAUGUUAUAA